AUGCCGUUUGGUUCUCCUAGACCGAUGGGCUCGUCGGCAAACGAGCCCCAGCUACCGAUGCCCUCAGGCUCUGCUUCCUCGCUGGCUGGUACGAAGCGGCCGGCUCCCUCUUUACUGCCGCCCUUUGAGCCUCUGUCUUCUUCGCCGGGACUGCCCCGGCCUAUCAAACGCCAAAACAUGGGCAUCGAUGCUAAUCUACGGUAUCCCACCCCCAUCCCGACAUCGAGCACUGGUAUAUUGUCCAGUUCUCCGCUACGGCGCAACUCAGCAGCCAUUGGCGCGGCUCGUGCUGCUGCUCUGGAAAAGCGUGCUCCUCUUGGCGCCGUUCCGUCGGUUGAGCUGGCCGAGAACGGGGAGACACUGCUCAUGGGCCGUUCCUCCAACUCAUCCCACUACCAGCUAUCCGCCAGCCGCCUGAUAUCACGCGUCCAUGUCAAGGCUCGCUACGUUGCUGCGACGCAGCCGCGAGAAGCAAACAAGGUAGAGAUUGUUUGUGAGGGUUGGAAUGGGCUGAAGUUGCACUGCCAAGGUCGUAGCUGGGAUCUAGCCAAGGGCGACACCUUUACAAGCGAGACGGAGGCCGAGAUCAUGAUUGAUGUCCAAGAAACGCGGGUGUUGGUUCAGUGGCCACGCCUCUCCUCUCCGAUUGACAAUACUGCCAAUCUGUCCGACUCCAGCUGGGAUGAUUCUCCCCCACGAUCCCAGACACGUGCCGGUCGUCUCCUAGACUCAUCUCCGCUUCGCCGCCAUUCGACCUAUAUCCGGUCUCCCGAAAGCCCCACGCCCGCUCACUUGUCGAGCGCACAGCGCCUUCAUGACCUCCUGCCCGGUCCGCAGGACCGCGAUGGCGCCAUUGAGAUUUACGAGGAUGAGCCUGAACUCCCAGGUCACGAGCUCGAGGCAUCUCUGGACCCAAAUGCGAGCUUCUUGACGGAAGCCACGGCCAGCUUCCACAGCCAUCUCGGCAACGAUGAUGACUCUGACGAGGAGCACAACCCUGAUGAGGAAAACGACCCCAUCGUUCAUUCGUUUGGCCCCUUCGGCGCUGAUAUUUCCAACCGCUUGGCAUCGAUUAUGGGCAAGUCUCCACGCGCGCAAAAGCCCCUGGGACGCGAUAUUCCUCAAAUUGUCGAGAACCCAGAGGCAUCCGAGACGCACACCGAGAGCAGCUUGCCGUCUGAUCCUCCUUCUCCACAGAACAAGGAAGAGAAGACGCCUCAGCCGGAAGAGAAGACUCCUUCGCCGGAAGAUCAGUUAGUCGACAUAGAGGACGGGGAACAGGAGCCAACGCCCCAAAAGCCCAAAGUCGCCGUUCACCCCAGUGUCGGUAACCAUGUGGUCAACCAGCUCGCGUACUCUCGACUCUCAUCAACGCCUUUGUCGAGCAUUAUGCAACACCUACCUGCCGACCUCAAGGUCGAUCUGACCGUUGAUGUUCUGCGCGAAGCAAUCGAGUCGACAACGUGUAUUGGCAUCAUCACUCGCCAGGGCAAGGAUGCUGCAGGAAAGGCGUUGGAGAGCGAGUACUACUACGUACCCGAGGAGGACAAUGACGAUCAACGCAGGGCUGCGGUGGUAGACGGGCUACGCAAGCCCAGCCUGAGAAACUGUCGCAAGCAGCACAAGCAAUAUUACUGGAAGCGCCCUCGCACACCCUAG